CACACCCGGGUACGGCCCCGUGGGUCGCAGGGCCCUCGCAUACCCCGGGGCCCGCUGCUCCCACCCGAGCCCGUACUCCACCGUGGAAGCCCACGGGUGACACGCUGCCUGUGCCCGGUGUGUUCCCGCCGCGCUUCUGCGCCCGCGGUGUUGUAGUCCCUGCCUCUCUCUGCUCCUCUCCGCUGCUGGAGCCCAGACUCCAGAGGAAGAAAGUGUGCGAAACUGCAACUGAGUGGCGUUGUUGCGCCGGCAGCAGAGGCUGUGUCCCCUGCACGCAGAGCGGGAGCGGAGCUGGGAAAGCAGCUGGAAAAUGCCCAGAAAUACUUUCACAGCGGUCAAGCCUGGAGAUCCCUGACACCCCUCCUUCCCUCCCCCGCCCCCGCCCCGCUAGCCCGAUGGCCUGGCACCCCGCGUAGCCCGGCCCGCGGGCGCGGGGGUGUGUGUGCGAGUGUGCGAGGGAGUGCGUGUGCGUGCGUGUGUGUCUGAGUGUGUGUGAGUGUGUGUGUGUGUGUGUGUGUGUGCGUGUGCCGCACCUGCCGGGCGAUGCCAGCGGCCGGGCUGCCCGCCGGGGCUGCGCCGCGGCUGGCUCUUCCCGCCGCCGCCGCCGCCGGCCGCCGCUGCCUGCGCUGGGCAUGUCUCUGGGGCCGGCGGGGCCCCGGCUCCCUCCGCUCCUCGGCUUAUGGACGGCGGCAGCGGCAGCAGCAGCGCUAGCAAGCAAGCGAGCAAGCAACCUGCACCAGGACUGCGCGGAGGAGUGGGAGCCCGCGAUGCUUUGGCCUCAGUACUUUUCCUUAGCCUGUCUGGCUAACCGGGGCCAUUGCUGCCGCCGCUGCUGCUGCUAGACACACAACACACACCAACAUCAGGAGGGGGAAAAGUAAGGGAGAGAGGAGAAAAAAAAAAAAAAAUCCCAGGAAGAUGGCGCCCACCAAGCCAAGCUUUCAGCAGGAUCCUUCCAGGCGAGAACGAAUAACUGUCCAGCAUCCUCUGCCCAACCAAUCAGAAUGUAGGAAAAUCUACCGAUAUGACGGAAUCUACUGUGAAUCUACCUACCAGAAUUUACAAGCUUUGAGGAAGGAAAAGUCCCGAGAUGCUGCUCGCUCUCGCCGGGGAAAGGAGAAUUUUGAAUUCUAUGAGUUGGCAAAAUUGUUGCCGCUGCCUGCAGCCAUUACCAGCCAGCUUGACAAGGCCUCCAUCAUCCGACUUACAAUUAGCUAUCUGAAAAUGAGGGACUUUGCUAAUCAAGGUGAUCCUCCAUGGAACUUGAGGAUGGAAGGACCUCCACCUAAUACAUCAGUAAAAGGGAUUCAAAUAUGGAAAUCUGAGGUCUGCAUGAGAAAGACACCAUGUGAAGUUAUAGGUGCCCAGCGCAGGAGAAGUCCCAGUGCCCUUGCCAUUGAAGUAUUUGAAUCACAUUUGGGAAGUCAUAUUUUACAGUCCCUGGAUGGAUUUGUAUUUGCACUAAAUCAAGAAGGAAAAUUUUUGUACAUUUCAGAAACUGUCUCCAUCUAUUUAGGCCUGUCCCAAGUGGAACUGACAGGCAGCAGUGUGUUUGACUACGUCCACCCAGGAGACCAUGUGGAGAUGGCAGAGCAGCUGGGCAUGAAGCUUCCCCCGGGGCGAGGCCUUCUCUCGCAGGGUACGGCAGAGGAUGGAGCCAGCUCAGCAUCCUCAUCUUCCCAGUCCGAGACCCCUGAGCCAGUGGAAUCUACAAACCCCAGUUUGCUAACCACUGACAACACUCUAGAGCGCUCUUUUUUCAUCCGAAUGAAAUCUACACUGACCAAGCGAGGAGUGCAUAUCAAAUCAUCAGGAUACAAGGUGAUUCAUAUAACAGGCCGGUUACGUCUGAGAGUAUCCCUGUCACACGGGCGGACAGUGCCCAGCCAAAUCAUGGGACUUGUUGUCGUUGCUCAUGCUUUGCCACCUCCUACAAUUAAUGAAGUCAGGAUUGACUGCCAUAUGUUUGUCACUCGUGUGAAUAUGGACCUCAAUAUCAUUUACUGUGAAAAUAGGAUUAGUGAUUACAUGGAUCUGACCCCUGUAGAUAUUGUAGGAAAGAGGUGUUACCACUUCAUUCAUGCUGAAGAUGUGGAAGGCAUUAGACAUAGUCACUUAGACUUGCUGAAUAAGGGUCAGUGUGUAACAAAGUAUUACCGCUGGAUGCAGAAGAACGGAGGUUAUAUCUGGAUACAAUCUAGUGCAACCAUAGCUGUCAACGCCAAGAACGCAAGUGAGAAGAAUAUCAUUUGGGUCAAUUACCUCCUUAGUAACCCAGAGUAUAAGGACACUCCAAUGGAUAUUGCACAACUUCCUCAUCUGCCAGAGAAAACCUCAGAAUCCUCAGAGACCUCUGACUCUGAAUCAGACUCAAAGGACAACUCAGAGGACAAUGAGAACUCAAAGUCAGAUGAGAAAGGAAACCAGUCAGAAAACAGUGAAGACCCCGAAUCCGACAGGAAAAAGUCAGGAAAUCAGUCAGAUAAUGAAAUGAACUGUAAUGAGGAUGGGAACAGCUCCAGCAACCAGGACAGCAGGGACAGUGAUGACAGCUUUGAAAACUCAGACUUCGAGAAUCAGAAGGCCCCUGAGGACAGUUUUGGCACUCUUGGCUCUAUGCAGAUCAAGGUGGAGCGCUAUGUUGAGAGUGAGUCAGACUUGCGGUUGCAGAACUGUGAAUCACUGACUUCUGACAGUGCCAAGGACUCAGACAGUGCAGGUGAAGUAAAUGCCCAGUCUUCCAGCAAACAUCAGAAGAGGAAGAAGAGGAGAAAAAAGCAAAAGGGAGGCAGCAUGACCCGGAGAAGGCUGUCAAGCACCUCAAGUCCAAAUGGACUUGACUCAGCUUUGGUGGACCAGCCCCAGCUGCUCUCGUCACCAAACAGUGCCUCAGUGCUCAAAAUUAAAACAGAAAUCUCAGAACCUAUCAAUUUUGAUAAUGAUAGCAGUAUUUGGAAUUACCCACCCAACAGGGAAAUCUCAAGGAAUGAAUCGCCCUACAGUAUGACCAAGCCCCCCAGCUCCGAGCACUUCCCUUCCCCCCAAGCCAGCAGUAGUUUACAUGUCUCCAUUCCAGACUCUGUUCUCACCCCUCCAGGGACUGAAAAUACUGCCAGCCGUAAAACUCAGUUCAGCACCUCAUCCAACUCGGCCUUGGCUCCAGUGUCCUCUGACCCUUUGUCACCCCCACUUUCAGCAUCUCCAAGGGACAAACAUCCAGGAGGUCCCACAGCGUCCAACUCUUUGUUGUACACUGGGGAUCUGGAAGCCCUUCAGAGGUUACAAGCAGGCAACGUGGUGCUUCCUUUGGUUCACAGGGUAACAGGAACCCUUGCUGCGACCAGCACUGCUGCUCAGAGGGUCUACACCACUGGCACUAUUCGGUAUGCUCCAGCUGAAGUUACUUUAGCCAUGCAGGGCAACCUCCUCCCCAACACCCAUGCUGUUAACUUCGUUGAUGUUAACAGCCCCAGCUUUGGGCUGGAUCCUAAAACGCCGAUGGAAAUGCUCUACCACCACGUUCACCGACUCAACAUGUCGGGACCAUUUGGAAGUGCUGUGAGCGGGGCCAGUCUGACCCAAAUGCCUGCAGGGAAUGUGUUCACGACUGCCGAAGGACUUUUUUCCACUCUUCCAUUUCCUGUGUACAGCAAUGGCAUUCACACUACACAGACUCUGGAACGGAAAGAGGAUUGAAGUAUGACCACAUACUGUGUUCAGUGUUAUACUCUGAGGCAUAGACUAUGUUUUAAUUUAGACCUUUAAUUCUAGCACUUUGAAUUUGAGCAGGUCAGCUUAUUAUCUCAAUAUGAUGGUCCCCAUUUCAUUCCCUUUCUCUUUAACUUGACUUAUUCUUUAAUGUAAAGAUAUUUUUUUAUUUUUGCCUUCAGAGAGUCGAAGUACCAGUUGCCUGCCAUUUUGUCUUCUUCUAAGAUGUGUGUUUUUUCCUUUGCAUCUUUAUUAAGAUGCCUUUAAUAUGUGUAUGCCUCUGCCAUAGAAUACUCAGUGUUGUGGUAAAGAGAUUUUAAAGUGACAACCAUUGGUUUUACUUCAAAAUGAUCUUGAUAUGAUCAAGAUUAAAAGAGACAAGCAUAAACAAUGUGCCCUGUUUGACUAAGUCAAAUGAAAAGGGGGUUUUGUUCCUAAUUCCUUUAAAAUAGGGGAUAGUAUUUUAGAAUUUUAUGCAGAGUUUAAUUCUCUUUUUAUGGUUAAGAUUUUCUUACUUGCACAUAAAAUAAUUUGGGUUCUUAAAAAGUUAAUUUCUGGCCUGUGACUAGAAUGUUAAAAAGUUGGACUAAAUGUUAAUUACAGAAACUUUAACUUAAUUUCUAAAACCAUGGUGCUAUCAUUUAUUAAUCUGUAAUGUCUUCAUACAAUAUGCAGCUUGUGGGCUGGGUUUUUUGGAAAGAAUGUGUUCCGUACUGGUUAAUAGUGGGGUGCUGCAGUCUCCUUGGUUAGUUAAGACAAAAGCCCUCAUUAACAUUUGCUGCAGGACUUAAAAUUUGUUACCUCCAAACUAACAAGCAUAGCCUCACAUCAAAUUUAAAUGGGUCAGGAAGCCUUUUUCAAAAAGAGCUUAAAAACAAAAAACUCAAUUUAAUUGACGCGAGGAGCAGUUUCUUAGGUGCAUAUUGUUUUGCUUUAUUUUUUUCUCAGUGUAACUGAGGCUAAUUUUGCAACAUCAAAUAACACUUCAGAGUAAAAAAAACCAGAAGAACUAUUUAACAUGUUUUAUUUUGUUUUCCAUUUAAUAUUAUAGAGGGAAGGUUGUAAAUUUCUUUUUGUUCUUUAAUUUCGGGGUUUUUUGUUGUUUUCUUUUUCCUUAUUUCUAGUGUUGAAACCAAUAUGUUUUAAAACUAAAGGAUGGGUUAAUAAGCUUGAAAUAGAUAACUACAACUGAAAACUGCACAUUAAGUAAAAGAAAAGAAAUCUCCUAUUUUGUCUUUGUUGCCAGAAAUCACAGUGUAGUGUCAAACACUCCAAAUGACUGUCAAAUAUAAAUUCUUCUUCCACUCCAUCUUUGGCAGCUGUUUGUUAAGGCAUCUAAUAACAGAUGUGAGAACUGUAAUGUGUACAAUGUGUAAGUGUCCUUGGCUGUCAGUCCCAUUGCAGUUUCAAUGUGUGUUACUAUAUGCAGUAUAUACUAAGCUAAUGUAGUUGUUUUGUCCUUUGUCUUCUCUGUGCUUUAUCUCUAGUCCGGAGUGGUAAAGUCCCAUUCCUGCAGUCCUAGUGAACCAGUGAUUCUUGGGGGUUAGUGGUUUUUGUGUGGUGGCCUUCCUCUGUAAUGUCACCUUAUGCUGCUUCCACUGUCUGUAUACCUUUUAAUUUCUGCUGUUGCUUUGCUGUUGUGUAUUCUCAAACCUCUCUCUCCCCCUUCCUUUCUCCCCUCCUCCUCCACACGUUUCCCGUCUCUCUUUCUCUCGCUCUCUCGUUCUCUCUUCUUCACUCUCAGAGAUAAAAGACUCUUAACUAGCUCAAGGUUAAUGGAGCCAUUUUUCCCACAGAGGAAUUCUGGGUAUGACUUACUCUUCCAGUGUACCCCACAAUGCACUACAGAGUAAUGCUCAGAUAUAUUAAGCAAAUUGACGCCAUAUAGCCUCAGUUGUUAACAUUCCCAGAGUCCUUGUGCUCAAACUGUAAGCAGAGGGUGCAUUUCUUUGGUUUUCUCCUAAGUAGGCUGGCAGAGCAAUAUGUAGAGCAAUUACCAGUGAGAUAGGAAAUUCUUUCAAAGGUCAACGGGCAUUGUUUUAAGAGGAAACUGAGCUUAGAAUUGUCAUAUAUAUUUGCUUACGUGUGCAAUGCUAAAGUAUUAACUCAACUGUCCUUCAAAUUUUUGAUCACUCACUGCGUUGAGUCAAUUUCUACGGUAGCUUUGAAUUUGAGUAGGUCCAAGCCACAGAGGAGUGGUAGCAAAAGAAGGAAUUGGAUGCUAGAAAUUUAAUUAAUGAACUUUUUAAGGUUCCAUGGGAAGGAUUUAUGUAGGUCUGAAAAAGGUGAGAAAGCUGAUUGGGAAAUUCAAAGUUUAAUUUUGGAAGCUCUGCUCUAGCUAUGGAACAAUCAAAGGACUGCACCUAUCAGCUACAAAGAACAGCUAGACAGCUGUUGUUGUUUUGGGUUUUUUUUAUAAAUGUUUCUGUGUUGUGUCAAAAUGAUUUCUGGUGAUUUAAACUAACAGAUAAUCACAGCUGCUGUCUAAAUCCAUAGUGUUUAAAAUUACAAAAUGAAAAAAAAACUUCAUUACCUGUGAAGACUGUGUCUGUGUUUUUAACUAUUUCUUGUACAAAUAUAUGAAAUCUUUUAUGAGGAGACUGGUGCCAAGUAGCUGAAUAAUGGGGAAAGGGAUUCUGUUCGUAUAAAUCUUAGCAGUGUUACCAACUCUACAAUAUAAAAAAAAUUAAAAUGUUAAAAAGUGACAGCUAUGGUACAUUUAUUUUGUGUUAAGCUAACCGAAUCUAACUUCUUGAGUGCCUGGCUUAUUUGAAACAUUUUUUUCAUUGAUCAUUGAUAAUGCUGCAAAUCAGAAAUGUACAUACUUCAUUUACAACAGGGUUCUUUUUAUACUUUUGUAGAUUCUCAUACAUGUCAUACAUGGUUGUCUUUAUGUAACUUAAUUUUUUUUCAUCCCGCAGGUGCCAUUUUCAUAAUAAACUUCUCUUGGAUUUGUUA